AUGUCAUCUUCAUGCCUGGUCCAUGUCUUAGGAUUCAUCUUUGCCUUAUGCGCACUUGGGGCACAAGCUGUACCCCCACCUCUCCCAAAAGGUCUACCAAAUCGAGUGUUCUCUAUCCUAGACUUGGUUGGCCAGGAUCCAGAUAUCAUUGAGUUUGGUAACAUUACCUAUCAACACUCCUUACCGGAACCAGACAAGUUGAGCUUUUACAUUGAAGAUGGAGUAAAAUUCUACAACUACUCUGAAGGAAUUAAGCCCCCUUCCGGGUUUUGGGAGGAGCGCGGAGCUGCUGAGGAUACCCAGACUGAGAAUAGCGAUCGGUAA